CCCCCUCUACACGUGAACAUAAGCCAAGUUCCGAACCAUGUAAAUGUCUAGUGUUUAUUCUCUAUUGCUCACUCAAUCUCCAGAACUCCACACAAUAAGAAAUUAGCCUCGUAAUUAUACAAUGAUGUCGAUUUUAGGUCAAUCUUCUGUCAUUCUCUUUCCUAUCGCUCAUGAAUAAUGGCGAGAUUUUUGUGCAGCCACAUUCAUGUGAUGCUACUUGCAACAGCAGCUUAUGUUGUAUGCAUACUUGGGAUAAUUCUUAUGUACAUUUGGUACACGCCGCAGCCUGCUUGCCUUCUCAACAUUUUUUUCAUCAGUUGGACUAUAGUACUUCUCCAACUCAUGACCAGUGUAUCUCUUCACCCAAAAGUGAAUGCUGGCUUUGUGACUCCUGGAUUUAUGGGGCUCUAUCUGGUGUUUCUCUGUUGGUCUGCCAUCAGAAGUGAACCACCUGAAGGGAAAUGCAUUCAAAGAGCAGGAACUGCAGCAAAAAGAGAUUGGCUAACCAUCAUUAGUUUUGUUGUUGCGGUUCUUGCAAUGGUUAUUGCAACAUUUUCAACCGGCAUCGAUUCUCAAUGCUUUCAGUUCAGGAAGAAGGAGAUACAGGAAGAAGAUGAUGUUCCUUAUGGUUAUGGAUUCUUUCAUUUUGUUUUUGCCACUGGAGCCAUGUACUUUGCAAUGCUCUUAAUUGGUUGGAAUACUCAUCAUACCAUGAAAAAGUGGACAAUUGACGUCGGCUGGACCAGUACUUGGGUGAAGAUAGUGAAUGAGUGGCUAGCAGCCUGCAUUUACAUAUGGAUGCUAGUGGCUCCAGUCAUUUGGAAAAGCAGGCAAGCAGCUGAAGCUGAAUUACCAACACCUUGACUGUUAAGCUCAAUGGAACUGUUUUUCUAGCACCAUCUCCAUAAAUUCUGUGGCUCGCUCUUGCUCCGGAAACGAAAAUAUCCUAUUGGAUUUGGACUCAAGAUCGAACAUGACUAGCCAGCAUUCUUUGUAGUGCUCAUAAUUUGGAGCAAGAAAAGAAAAGAAAAGAAAAGCAGAAAGUCUUGAUACAUGUGAAUAAUAUAUAGUCAUGGUGUCACAUAGCAAUGCAUUCUUUUAACAGUAGAAUCUCUUAUUUUCUUAAUUAUAUUAAUCAAAUGAAGAAGAAAAUGAUUUUUGAGAA